GCGAGGUGCGUGUAACCGAGAGCUAAAAUUGGUUUCGUGAUGAGGAAAGGUGAAGGAGCACAGCGUUGCGAUCUGUUGUCUUGUCUUCUUUGGAAAAAUCACAGAACUCUUUCUUUCCUUAUCUACAACCGAGGGAUACCAAUCCGAACUCAUUUUGCGUCAUGAAAUUCAAUAAUUAGACGUUUUUUUCUCAAAAGGAGACAUGGUCGAUUGAACAUUAAUACGACAUCCAGCCCAAAACUAUUUUAAUCACAUUUAGCCCAAUAUUUUUUCCUAAUAGAAAUGGAUUCGCUCAUCACUUCCACUGACUUCCAAAGUAACUGGACAACCAACUCCACUGCACAGAAUGAAACCGAGAUUUACUGGAACCAGUUUGUGCAACCGGUUUGGAGAAUAGUGCUCUGGGCAGUGGCUUACAGCACAAUUGUCAUCGUCUCCGUGGUGGGCAAUAUCACGGUGAUAUGGAUCAUUUUGGCGCACAAACGCAUGAGAACCGUGACGAACUAUUUCCUCGUGAACUUGGCAUUCGCUGAAGCUUCAAUGUCCGCAUUCAACACCGUUAUAAACUUUGUCUACUCCGUGCACAAUGAAUGGUAUUUCGGACUCUAUUAUUGCCGAUUCCACAACUUCUUCCCCAUAGCUGCCGUCUUCGCUUCUAUAUAUUCAAUGACCGCGAUUGCACUCGACAGAUAUAUGGCCAUCAUUCAUCCCCUGCAGCAGAGGAUGUCUGCAACUCAGACGAAGGUGGUCAUCGGGGUCAUCUGGGUGCUGGCUCUUCUGCUGGCCUUCCCCCAAUACUACUACUCCGACACAGACCAGCUGCCUGGCAGGGUGGUAUGCUACAUCGAUUGGCCUGAGUACACUGUUCUCGACUUCAAAACGAUGUAUUUUGUGUGCGUAGCAGUGCUGAUUUACUUCCUCCCUCUCCUGGUGAUGGGCUGUGCUUACCUGGUGGUGGGUUUGACUCUGUGGGCCAGUGAGAUCCCAGGAGAUUCAACUGACCGUUAUCAAGAGCAGCUGACCGCCAAACGCAAGGUGGUGAAGAUGAUGAUUGUGGUGGUAUGCACGUUUGCUGUUUGCUGGCUCCCCUAUCACGUCUAUUUCCUGAUUCACCAGUUCUACCCGUACCUGUUUGAGCAUCCCUUCAUUCAGCAGGUCUAUCUGACUAUCAUGUGGCUGGCAAUGAGCUCCACUAUGUACAACCCCAUUAUCUACUGCUGCCUCAAUGACAGGUUCCGUGCCGGAUUUAAGCAAGCAUUCCACUGCUGUCCAUGCGUCCCUGAGGGAUCCUACGAGGGUCUAGAGCUCAAGUCCACCCGGUACCUUCAAACCCAGACCAGUUUGUACAGGGCCAGUCGAAUGGAGACCACUGUGUCGUGCGUGAUGCAGCCUUGUGAAGAUGGCCAGAAGGUCACGUUUGGGAGCAUCAGAGGGGCCGCCGGGAGGCCACCAGUUCACAGCCCCUCCAGGGAGCUCACCUCCAAUGGCUCGUCAUCUCGCAGCAUCUCCAAAACCGUGUCGGAGACCUCCAGCUUUUACUCUAGUAACAACCUACAAGAAUGAGAGUGCAAAAGCACAAGAGUCAAGGAGAUCGAAUGCCACUGUUUUAGUGGAGAUGUAAUCCUCUUCAGUUCUCCCCCCAGUGUAAAUCUUGAGGAUUACCUUGAGUGUGUGCAGAUGUGUGUGUUUUAGCUGGUUGAGUACACACACGCUAAGCGUCUUCAAUUUCAAACGAUCCUUCAUCUUUCAUUCUUGUCGCAUUCUAUUCGUGAGGUUCAUAACUAUGAUUAAAGGAACAUUUACAUUGAUUUUUUGGGAAAUGCUUUCUUACCAAAGUGAUGUACAUGACAUAUUGCUGUGCGCUGGCUUAAAUGAGAGCAUGAUUGAUCGAUCCUGCAAUCACUGAAGACAUUUUAAAAGUUUACAUUAAUGGACAUGUGAUGCAGUGGAACACUGAAUUUAUUGAAUAUGACCACUUAUAUUGGUCUUGCUAACAACAACCCAACUAUAAUAGGAAUAGGAAUAUCAGCGGAAGUACCCGUCUUAGUCCCCCAAGUCUCUAAAGAUGGCCCACCCGGCUCAAAUGAUACCAGAGUACAUGUUGUUUCUUUAGUGUUUUAUCUGCAGGUGUGAGAUGACCGCAGACUUCACAGCAUAUUUUCUCUGUAAGCACCUUCAAAAUCUCUAAACUGGCUGAGACUGAAUAAAAAACAGGGCAGGGAUCAUUCUAUUGAAAAUGUUUCGGUGGUUUCACGGUCAGUUAGAGCAAUGAUCCAGCCUGUGAAAGGAAAAUGAACCGUGUCAGUUGCCAAUAUCAACACCUUGUAGCUACACAGGCAAAUACAAAAGAACAAUAUUAAAUGGCUUUUCAAGGUGUGCCUGGAAACACAAAUGCGUGGUGGUGAAAGCUCUGAAUGCCUGUCCUGAUUUUGUGUGCUCUGAAUAAUAGAUCUGGAGAGGAACAUAUGUGAUGCGCAGAGAAUUUUUGUACUAGGGAUUUUUUUCUUCUUCUGUCGAUUAUUAUUUUUCUCUCCCUGUCUGUUUUUUUUUUUCAUAAUUGACCCUUUGCUACGCUCUGCCACUUAGUUACUGUUGCCAGCCUGGUGACUGCGGCUUACUCCUUGGAAAGAACUAGAGAUUGGAAUGAAGUGGUUGGAAUUGAUUAGAUCUUAUUUUUAUAUAGGAUAAAAUGAAUAAUGACAUAUUUUUAUCUGCUUUUUUAAAUGAUGCACUCAGUAAUGUGAUAAAAUGCUGCAGAGACCGCAAGUUAAAAACAAGCCAAACACUUCUCAUUCAGCUGAAAAGCAAUAGCGAAUACAUGAAAACUUCUGAACACUACAAUGACAUACAUUUACAAUGACAUUUGCAAGAAAAAAAAGGAGAAGAGCAUAAUAAUUACCAUUACAAUUAGAUUAAGUACUAUUGCAAUAUUCCUUCAUAUAAAAUCUAUAUUAGCACUGCUAUAGGUGUUGCGGUCGAGAACAAGUGUCUCUGAAAUUUUGGCUACGUUUUCCAAAUGCAUCAUAAACAGUGAGUGGGUCAUUAAAUCAGCAGCAGCAACAGACUCUACUUGCGCUUAUGAUGCUUUUACAAAAUGCAAUCCUGAAUGAUUCAAACACUCACUUAUAAUACUCAGAAAGAAACAACAGUUGCCUUCUUUGUAAAGAUUCGAGUGAUUAGGAUGAACCAAAUCAUAUCCACUACUUCUGAGUUGAUGCGACUCAAACAUUGGAGUCAACCUUCAAUUCACAAUGAGUCCAGUCUUUUUGUGAUUUGACUCCCAUUUCAAUCUCUAGAUACCUUUUUGUGUCACUUGACCUCUGGCAACAAAAGAAUAAUAUGUAUUCAAGUAUAUCUCAGUCAGACCAGGAGGUUGGGGAAUGGAGUGGGGGAUAGUAAACCGAACCCCACAGUUACCAGUUGUGAUUUUGGUGGCUCAUUUCGAGCUGCGCCUCUGCAGUGCCUUUCUAUGCUGCAUACUCAGAUUUUUGCGGGUCUGGAUGGACACAGCAGUUGCUGACUUCUGAGGUAUGAUUAGUCAUUAGGCGGAGCUUAGCCAAGUGCCAAUUCUGUAGUUAUUCUGUUGUACAUGCAUUCACACGCUCACAUUCCUCUCAAGGCCAGAGUAAAAUUAGCCCUCCAGGCACCUCCCUUGAUACAGUCACAGCAAUAUGAUACUGAGGGUACACAGGAUUAUGGGACAAAGGGGGAGGUUGAAGUGACCACCUGCUGCUGUUCUUGACUGGGAUUGUGACAGUGGUGUCCGUUUCCCAAAACAGAGGUCCAUGCUGUUCUUAUGUAUAAUUGUAACAGACUGGCUCGUCACAUGAUUGUGGGUCUGAGCUCUCAUUGUUCACACAGUGGCAGCAGGCUUGUUAUGGUGCAAUAUGUUCAGAAUAUUUCGGACGGUAAAUGACUGUGAUCUGAAUGUGCCUGACUGUUGGGCAGGUGCUGACAGCUUAUUCCAGGAAUAAAUUAACCACACUCUGUUCCUGGUCUUUUUUAGAAAUUCAGAACUGUCUGUGAUGCUUAUGCUGCAUCU